AUGCGUUCGUUCAUGAAAACACAUCUGCGAAAUUCGCCAAUAUUCGAUCGGCAAAAGUCAUCCACCAAAAAUUCGAAAGCAGAUGAUACCGAACCGAUUUCACCCCUGAGAUUGAAACCCAAGUCACAUCAUCACCGCAAAAAGUCAAAGAACAAUAGGAAAUCAUUAACCGAAAGCCAUCAUAAGUCGCAUUCAUCUAUUUCAUCAAUUGAUACUGAGAUAUCUCGUUCAGACUCUGCAUAUUUUUCAACUGAAAGUCCGAGCAGAAGGCAGCAGCGUCUUAGUCAUAAACAUCAUAGCAGUGAUGGGAGUAAAAUCUUGCGGGUAUUUGACGAUAUCAAAGAGGAUAUUUCGAAUCCUUUCUUGACAUCAUCAACACCAACAAAAAGAAAGCUCUCUGUUAAAUUUAGUGAACUUCCAUCAUCUUCAUCCUCUAGUCUUCCAUCGAUGAAAUCCGACUCUAACAAAAGCGGUACGCUACACUCAAAUCAUUCAGUGGAUAAUAUUUUGAGGGGACAGAGUUUUAAAGUGUGUCCAUACACAACCUUUCCCCCUCUGCCUGAUCGUUCUACAACUAUAUACGGUACCAAAACACAUAAUUGGGGCGUUGUGGACACAAAAAAGGCAGAAUUGAAAAAGCGGCCUCUUCCACUUCCAGAAUCUCGUGUACCUAUUGCUCCCCCCUUGCCAAAGAACACAGUUCGUUUUGAUACAAUUAAUAAUUUUAAAGUUAGUCCUCCAGUGUCCAUUCCGCAUCCUCGCCCAAAUAUUAAUGCCAGCUCGAAUGCAAAUUCUGUCGAUAACGGUGUUGUAGAUGGUUCAAAAUCACCACUCUCGUUGGCAAGGAAAAGCACAUCUUUAACCGAUAUAGACAUGAGUGAUGACGAGUGCUUUCCAAAAUACAAUCCUGAGGCUUUAUUUGAAAGUCAUUUGAAGCGUAAAGAUGGCAAGCAGGAUAAUCAAGAUAAUCAAGAUGAUCCUGAGGUAUCUGAUUCGGACUCCUCCAAGUUCUCGUUUCAGCUCACUGGCAGAAAUGCGUCAAUUAAGUAUUACAAGACGAAGGAGCAAGUGAAAGUUGAGCAAGAAGUCAAAAGCCAGAAAAAGAACGUCGAUAAAUUUGUGCAGUUUAUCAACUCAUCAGAACCUCUUGAACAGUUGGAUGAUGAUCUGAAUUAUAUUGAUGUGAAUGCCAAAGAUGAGACCGACGAUCUCUUUAAUAGAGAUUUAUUUUCUGACGAUGAAGAUGAUGGAAUAGAAGAUGAAUAUACUUCGAUCACAGAGCUGCAGCCGAACGUACCCGUCGUUGACAGAUUAGAGAAAGAUUCUAAUCAAGAAAUUUCUGAUAAUUCAGUUUCAGAAGCAACAAAAGCAUGUGAAAUCAAGAAAAUACAAAAAGAGACUCCCGCAGUGUCUCCGGAAGCAGAAGUUAAUCUUCUUCUAGAGCAGCUACGGUCAACCAAAAUUGACCCUGGAUCUGCGGGUAUUAUUAUUCCUAAGAGUAGCGAUGUUUCCGAGGAUUUAAUCGAAAGUGACAAUUGCACGGAAGGUGACAUUUUCGCAGAUUACAAAGAUUUAUCUGAUGACGAGAAUGAUCAGUCUCCUUUGGAGAUAACUACAGUUCAGGUUGGAAAGAAUUUGAAUCCCAAGAGUUCUUCUACUCCGGAGAAUAAAUAUACCAAUUCAGAUCAUUCAGGCUCUUUAGGACUAAAGGCCCGCCGGUCUAAACUGAAGUAUCACCAAAUCAACUCUAAAAUCCAGGAGGACAAUAUGGAUUUCAUAAAAAAUAGAUAUUCAUGGCUGGGAGGUGAAGGGGAGCCAAAGAUUGAUGACUUUCAAAGGGUGUCAAUGGCAAGUUCACCGAGUGUUGAUAAUUCUCUUCUUGAUGAGGUUAAUCAAGUUUCAUCAGAUUAUGAGUCUGAUGUGAAUUUAAGAUAUGGCAUUCCAGAUGACGAGAUAGAACAAGUUAAUGCCCCAGUUUUAGUUGAUCAAGUUCAACAGCUUGAUAAUAGUAUCAUCAAUUUAUCAAAAAAGACUAUUACUUUAUUUAACGGACUUUCGUCUGAAAACGGCACUCCUAAUUCUACAAAUUCUUUGAAGCAUGAUCAAACUGUCGGAAAGCAUUUAAGUCAAACUAGGCCAUCGUAUGUUGACAUACUCGAAGAUGGUGGGAAUUCUAUAGAAGCUUCUGCUGAUACAGGGGAUACCUCGUAUAAUCCGGAUUUUUAUGAUCAGUAUACAGAAAGUGCCGAAGAAGGCGAUGGCAGCGAAGAUCUUAGUUUUGUACCUGAUGGAUUGGCUCCGAACCGUUAUAGAGAAUGUUCAUUUUUGACUACGAUAAGUGAGGCUUCUUUUGAAAGUUCAAGAAGCGUGCAUUCGGAUCACUGA